AUGUUCUACCUAAUUACAAUAUCAUUAAUAGCGCUCCUGUCUGCGCGGCUGUACUGGGAACCGAGCACAGGCGGCAACAAGGUGCUCUGUGUGGUGCUGGGGUCGGGCGGACACACAGCCGAGAUGGUGCGGCUAAUGCACGGCAUAGAUUUCGAGCGAUACACAAAGCGCCUGUAUAUAGUCAGCGAAUCAGACGCGCUGUCGGCAAACCAGAUUGCAGAGAUUGAGCGGCCGCUGAUGUCCGACUAUUCGCAGGAAUACGUAGUCGGCCGGGUACCCCGCAGCCGCCAGGUCGGCCAGUCGCUGGUGUCGGCGCUCAUAUCGGCUGUACGGUGUUUGGCGGCUACUGCGUGGCUGCUUCAGUCACAUUUGCCUGACAUCGUCCUGUGUAAUGGGCCGGGGAAUUGUGUCAUUGUGUGCGUGCUGGUCAUGGUGCUGCGGGUGCUGGGCGUGAAGCGGAUCCCGAUCGUGCAUGUCGAGUCAUUCGCACGCGUAAGAUCGCUCUCGCUGUCAGGCAAAAUUGCCUAUUACCUGGCCGAUCGGUUUAUCGUGCAAUGGUCUGGUCUGCAGCAAAAGUAUCCACGGGCCGAAUACAUUCCAAAUCUCGUCUAA